AUGGUAGCGAGGUUGGUUGGCGUGCUGCAGCAGACAAAUACCUUUGCAGGCAUCGAAAUGCACUGGUGUACUUGUCUGAACUGGGAAUCGGCGAUGGACGAUGAGGAACAGUGGAAUGUAUCAACAACGUUAGCUAAAGCUGUCGUCCAAACGAUCAAUUCAUAUACAAGACCCGAAAGGCAUCUUUGCGCACCUCUGAAACUGGUUUGUUAG